UAUCUCGCUCUGAGGCACAGAGGAGUGUCACAGUUCCACAACCUCCAGGAAAUGCAGCACAGUGCAUCGUUGGUAACGAAGGUGUUCAUCCAAAGAGACUACAGUGAAGGAACUGUGUGCCGAUUUCAGACCAAGUUCCCCUCAGAGCUCAACAACAGGAUUGAGAGAACUUUGCUUGAUGAGACGGUGAAGACCCUUAACUCUUAUUAUGUGGAGGCUGAAAAAAUUGGUGGCCAUUCGUACCUGGAGGGAUGUCUGGCUUGUGCAACAGCUUACAUCGUCUUCCUCUGCAUGGAAACCCGCUAUGAGAAGGUCUUGAAGAAGAUAACAAACUACAUCCAGGAGCAGAAUGAGAAGAUCUACGCUCCUAGAGGGCUGCUGCUUACAGACCCCAUAGAGAGAGGAAUGAGGGUCCUAGAGGUCAGCGUGUUUGAAGACCGGGGCUCCGACGGCUCCAGUCCCAGCAGCAGCCUAUCAUCAUGCAGCAGUGCUCGAUGACUGGAGGGGCAGCGCCAGGCUUAUGGGUACCACCACAGGGGCAGCGGGACGCUUACCAACAUUCGCAUGCUGAAACAUGAGAGCACCAGGUUCUAGGACAAAUAGUGGGAAAAAAGGGAAAGGAGGUGAUCCACAGCACUCACAUGUGUCCUGCUGGGGUCUUCAUCAUUCCACCUUUAAAGGAUAAGAUGCUCUUUAUAAACAUGGAUAAGAUAACAAACACAAAGAUGGCAGUAUGUUUCAAAAUAUGUCACUUUUUAUUUUUUCCAUUCACCUCUCCUUAUCUUAUUACAUCACAUCAGUUUUCAUCAAUCACUCAUCUCAGGCAGGCUCACCUUUAAUCAGACUGGGAGUCAACGUGCUUUUAUUUUAUUACAUCUAUCUGUCAAUUCACAGGCAGUUCAUUCCAUCAGCAGCUCUGACAUCCAAAAGAAAAAAAAUAUAUAUCUUCCAGCCCCCCAGGAGACACGGUGCUCUCUGUUCUUGCUGAAGUCAGGCUGCUCUGAAUGRUGGCAAAUUGGGCUGACCGUGGGAACUCCACACCAUUCACGGGCAUUUGGUGUAACAGCUAACAAAGAGCGUGCGGAAUUAUUUAUCUUUCUUCUUGUCUCGCAGUGGAUAUAGCUGAUCCACAUCACAGCUGUAGGUCUCUCACACAGAUUCAUACAUACGUGCACAAGCGUGCAAAAGCACCAUACAGACAUGUUAUGUGAAUGGUCACUAAAACACACCUGUAGCGACAUGCAUUCCUGCACACGUUUGGAUCAUCGUGGACCUGGCACCAGCAAAUAUUUUGUGUUUGGUUUUAACUCAUUGGGAACACAGAGAAAUUCAGGUUCAAAAGUGCUUGUUUUCUUUUGUGCAUGGGCUUUUUGUACGUGUGUGGCUGCGCAAUUAKUUCCAGAUAAAAAGCCUGCAAAUCCUCAAGAUGUCACAAAUCAGWGCCCCCGAAGAGACAUACUCGCUCCUGAGAAAGUGGAAAGAGUGUGGGCUGUUAUCACUAACGCAAAAAAAAAAAUAUGGUUAUUUAUGUGAGAGAUGUGCUUUUUGUUUGAGUGCAGAAAACUGCAGGAGAAUCAGCCCACACAAAGUCGAAGACCUGAACCUCUUAUAAGCGGUUUUCAGUCGUCAUGUUGAUGCAGAUUGUCUUUAAAAAAAUACAGCAAGAACAAAAGAGAUGCUUGGUAUUUAUUGUGUUGUGUUGAACUGGAAAGACAAUGCAGAUAACAUUUCACAGGCAGGUGAAAAAGAUAGGGUUUUAACAUAAAGGAAAGUUUUAACUACUUACCUGAAAUCUAGUAUUCAUCUGAACAUUUUAUGCUGAUCCUCAGAAAAACCGAGCAUCUAUUGUAUCUAAUGUGUUUGUGAUUGUGUGCAGUUUAAUGAGAUGAACUGCAAUCAUUAUGUUGUUAAAAGGAGAUGAACAGAGAACCAAAAACACACAUUUGUAGCAAAAGAUAAGAGCUGCUGAAUGUUCACCUUUGUUUGUAAUUUUCUCAUCAGUUUUAUUCAUUUAAAAUCUAAGUUUUUUAUCAUUUUAUUUGUUUACCCAUAUCAUCCUAUCAACUCUACAAGCAAAUAAGCCCUUUUUGAUCUUUUUACCUCUUAAUUAUGAGCAGAAACUGCCCUCCAACUGGCCUUAAAAGGUAAAUGAAGUCAUUGCAAAACUGCUGUUUUCUCCAGAUAGUUUGAUUUCAGUAUUUUCACACCACCUGAAUGACUGAUCAACUUCCCACAGCAGUUGAGUUUAGCAGUGCUUGUGUUCAGCCUCCUUUCCUUUUUUUUCUUUUUGAUGCCUUCAUGUUUCAUCCCAGUGGGAAUGGAUACCCAACCUGGGGCUGAUGGACUAAGCUAUUUAAAAAUGAACUCAACACUGCCAAUAAGCACAUUAAGGAGCUCGUUGGACAGAUAAAAACAGAAUAUAAAUGUCUUGUAAAGGGAGAAAAUGUAUUCUAUGUUUGUUAAAUGUUAAGAAAUUGAUUUAUAUAAUGAUUCUUAGUUCAUUGUUUCAUGACUCUACAUCCUCUUUAACUUUGAAAAUGGAAAAAAAAAACAAAGAGAACAUAUUUAUUUGUCAUUUUGUGACAAUUUUUUGUCCAAAAUCUUUGUUUAAAAUCUCAUCAUUGUAGCUUUGGAUAUUGAUAAUGGUAUUAAUGAUGAUCAGAAAUGGGUUGUUUAUGAUGGUGGUCCUCAGGGGAAAAUCUAAAUGUGCCAGAUUUAAAGAAUCAUUAAGGGUAUGUAGCCACAUUGAGAGAAUUAAUGCUGUCACUCUUGGUUGGAAAGUCUUUCAGUUUGAUAUUUAGAGUUUUAAAUGAAAUUUUUCAACUACUGCAUCAAUUUAUUUUUAUGUAUUGUAUGUAUGUAUGAAUAGUAAUAUUUUUGGAAUCCCUCAUUAAUUUUCUAACUUGUUUUUCAUGACUAUAAUAAGAGAUCUGCAAUAUAAAAUUUAACUGGCAACAUGUAAAUUGUGUUUAGUGCUAAUUAGUAAAAAUUAGACCAAUUAUUAUAUAAAAAAAAAACCUACAGAGAUCAAAAUGUACUUAAAAAACUACAUAAGCAGUGCUCCUUAACCUAAAACAAUACUUUCUUGCACAGUAUCUUAGUUUAUUGCUGCAAUAAUGUACCAAAAUAAACCACUGCCACUUGUUCAACAAAAACAAAAAUGUCAUUAAUCAUGCAAAAAUUAUUAUAUUUUUCUGUACUUUUAGUACAGUUUGUCAUCACUGAAAGUUUGGUAUAAAGAAAUUUAAUUAAUUAAUUUAUUUAUUUUCUGUUAAGUGGAACGAGAAAUGUUUUAUGUGAUUAAUGUGGUUGUUUCUUUGUAACUUAUAAUUCUUUGCUUUUAUUUUGACUGAAUGACACCAAACACCUUAGAAGACUGAUCCCUAAUUACUGAAACAUUUGAAGUACAAGAGUUUUAGCAGAGUGUGAUUUCUUUAAAGAACCAGUUUUAUCAAAAACAGUAAAGCCAAAGUUUUACAAAUGUUUCAUAUGUGCCAAGUAUGCUUUUAAAGUAAAGGUCAAAAUAAAGACUUGGCAAUUAAAGGAGCUAAAACAAGUUUCUGACAAAGCUUUUCACAUAUACUGUAUAUKAAUCUCAACAAACAAUACUUUAAUCAUUAAAUAAAUAUAAUAAAAUCUGAAAGCACCUUCUAAACKUAUAUUUUAAAAAGUUGUUGUAUACAUUCCUCCUUUACCAGAAAAGUUUUUAUUAAUUAACUAAAGGGGUGAAAACACUCAAGAUAUCAAUGAGAUUGUUUUUAAUGUUUUUCACCAAAAAGAUGUCUUURGAAAAGAAGCUGAUGAAUUUUAUUACAAUGUUUGUAAAGUUCCGUUAGUAUUGUACAUCUUUGUUGUAUUUUUACUGCACUGUAUUUGAAAUGAACCAGUCAUUAGUGAGAACAUGCUGUAUGUUUGAUGAGCUGUGAAUGAGAUUAUUAAACAGCUACUGUAAUGUUUUCAUAAGAAUAUAAAAGAUGACAUGUGCUAUUUGUUGCCAUCCUCACAA